UGGCAACAGCUGUUCUUUUGUUUGUCUCCGCAUAUCACAUUUCGUAAACAAACUAAACGACUACAAUAACCUCAAACAAAAAGACGAAACACCAUAGUAACCGUGGCGAAAUAAAUAAGCUCAGCAAUUUUUAUUGAACAAACAAUUUAAGAAAUAAAAGAAAAUCAUAAAAACUACACAACGUAGCCAGGAAAGUCAAAUGAAAUGGAUAAACCGCAAAUGAUCGAGCACAUACAACAGAAUGUGGACUAUACAAUUUACGAUGUGAAAUGGAUACCAUGCUCGGCGAAAUUUGUAGUACUCGGUUCGAAGCCCAAUAGCAAUGGUAUUCUACAAAUAUAUGAGCUGAAUGAAGCUAAAGCUGAGAAAAUUAAGCAAGUUGUCAAGAAGACCGCAUUCAAAUGUGGCACUUUUGGCGCAUCCAGCUUGCGGAAUCGACAUAUGGCAAUUGGCGAUUUUGAGGGACGUAUGCAAGUACUCGAUUUGGAAAGACCAGAACUGCCGGUGUACAAUGUCGAGGCGCACAAGAGCAUUAUAAACACAAUUGAUGCCAUUGGCGGCAAGCAGUUGGAUUGUGGUGCACCGGAAAUUGUUACCGGCAGUCGUGAUGGCGCCGUUAAAGUGUGGGACAUGCGUCAAGGCUCAGCGCCAGUAGUCGAUAUUAGUCCAGAGACCGUAAAGGGUGAUGGCAUAAAUCGCAAUGAACGACGUGAUUGCUGGGCUGUCGCUUUUGGCGAUAGCUAUAACAAUACUGAACGCUGUGUGGCAGCUGGUUACGAUAAUGGCGAUCUCAAGCUAUUUGAUUUGCGUCAAUUAGCGGUACGUUGGGAGACAACGCUUAAAAAUGGUAUUUGUGGCAUUGAAUUUGAUCGUGCCGAUAUACCAAUGAAUAAAAUGGGUGUCACAACACUCGAAGGUGGACUGCUUGUAUACGAUAUGCGUACACAGCAUCCAACUAAAGGUUUUAGUUGUGUGGAAGAACGUAAUGCUGGACGUAGUGUUGGUUCGAAUGGCGUUAUAACGGGUCCAAAGUCAACUGUUUGGGCUAUAAGACAUUUGCCGCAAAACAGAGAUGUAUUUGUUUCGUGCGGUGGUACGGGUUCGAUACGUUUGUGGCAGUAUGAGUACCCAGAAAAGCGACGCAAAACGGAUGCGGAUGAAAAUGAAAUUGGUGUAUGUGGCACUUUGCAAAUGUUGCAUGCCUCAACUGUAUCCACACAGCCGGUGCAUAGCUUCGAUUGGCAUCCCGACAAGUUGGGUUUGGCUGUGUGCGGUUCGUUUGAUCAGUGUGUGCGUGUUUUAGUGACCACAAAAUUAAAUUUACUUUAAAUAAAUAUUGGCAAUUGGUAUUUAAAAUACAAUUUAUUUUAUUAAAAAAGUUAA